AUGGAGCUUCCCAGUUACAGCAAGCAGCUCCUUCAGCAGCUGCAUGCUCUGUGCUGCACCAUCCUCAUUGGGAAGGUUCAUUUUAGAGCACACAAGGUGGUUUUGGCUGCUGCCAGCCUGCUUUUUAAAUCACUGUUGGACAUCACAGACACCAUCUCCAUCGAUGCUUCUGUGGUUACUCCUGAGGAGUUUGCUCUCUUGCUGGAGAUGCUGUUCAGUGGGAAACUCCCACUGGGGAAACACAAUUUCACCAAAAUAAUCUCCAGGGCAGAUUGUCUGCAGAUGUUUGAUGUGGCUGUUAGUUGUAAAAACCUCCUCAGGGAUCUCAUCUGUGCUUCAACUCAGGACCAGGUAGUGAGAGAAGUCUCUGGCCAGGCAUCUGGAAACCAUCCUGAAGCUAAUAACCUGCCCCAGUCUGGAAAACCCACAGAAAAGAAAAGAGAUAUCCUGCAAAGAGUUUCCCAUUCUCCUGGCACUAAAGAAGCUGAAACAGAAGCAGCUGAGCCUCCUCCUGGCCUGGAGCUUACAAUGAAUCCUGCCUGUUUGCCCCAGGAUGUGCUGCUGAGUGAGUCCAGAUCCCUCUGGGAGGAUCCAGGCUCUUGUCCUGGUCAGCCUGGGGAUGCUGAGCAGGGUGGCCAAGCUGCAGAGGAGAAAGGAGGAGCAAGGGACCUGGCAGCAGAGAGCAAAAGCUGUAAACUGGAUUUCUUUCUUCAAUAUGAAAGUGUUUUCUCUGAGGCCCUUUCUGAUGCCCAGGCUGUGCUGAAAAGACUGGAAGAAUGCAGAGAAAUGGAUGCCUCUCAAAAGGAGCACCUCCAAGACCCAGAAAUUGAGGUUUUCAGAUCUGUGCCUGGCCCUUUCUGCUCCCAAAUGAGCUGUUGCAGCAUGAGCCAAGCAAGAGGCUCUGGUCUGGAAGAGGUGGAGGAGCAGUCAGUGCUCAAGAAGCUGCUGAGCAGAGUUUCAGACACUCAGACCCUGGAUGCUCAGAGCCUCCUGUCUUUCCUGAAGCUGUUUGAAGACACAAACCACAAGCUGAAAGCUUGGCUGGAGAGGGAGCAGAGCAGUGGAGAAGCCCUGCAGCAAAUAGCAGGGCAGUUUGAUUCUGUAACUAAACCCUUCCCUGGUUGUGCUGGUCCCUUCCAGGCUCUGACCCUGGAUGCUCAGACCCUCCUGUCUUUUCUGAAGCUGUUUGAAGACACAAACCACAAGCUGAAAGCUUGGCUGGAGAGGGAGCAGAGCAGUGGAGAAGCCCUGCAGCAAAUAGAGAGCACAGCUGAGGGAGCACUGACCACUGGCUUGCUGGGAUGCAGGGAGGAGCUGAUGCAGAGUGUGACACAGCUGAGCCCCAUUGUAGAGUUCUUGGAGGCAGCAGAAGAGGGAUGGAUUCCUGGCUACCUGGGAGAAGUGGUUUUGGACUGCUGUGGAGGCAGCUCUCAGAGGGAAGCCAUGGAAAAUCUGCUCAGGAAGGUGAAUGAAGAGAAAAGCCUGAAAGCAGAAAGUCUGGUCAAACUUCUGGGGGCUGUGAAGACAUCAUUCCCUGGUCUCCACCUUCUGCUGGACAGCUUGGUGGCAGCAGGAGAUGGCAAAGGUCUCUUGGCUGAGGAAAGCAGGAAGAAAGCUGGGAUCAGGAAGUGGGAGGUAAACCAUGAAUCCCAAGUUGAAGCUCUGGAGAAAGAUGAGGCCAAGGCAGGAGGUGGCAGUGGCAAAGAAUCAAAGGAACCUCAAGAGAAAGCUUCUUCCAAGAAGAGUUUUGUCUGCAGAGCCUGUGAGAAGAACUUCCACUUCUGCUGCUGGCUGAAGGUGCAUGUGAAGUGUUGUUGGGUGGCCAGAGGGAAGCAAAUCCAGUGUGAGGAGUGCCCUGAGGUCACAUCCACAAAGAAGGAGCUGGGGAAGCAUCAGAUGGAGGUCCAUGGGGUGGUGGGGACAGCUAAGAAGAAGGAGGAGAAGGAGAAGGCUCCCUGUGACAUCUGUGGCCAGGAGUUUGCUCAAGGCUCAGGUAUCCUAUACCACAAGCUGACAGAGGACUUUGAUGAGAAGCCCUUUCCAGCUUCAGGGAGGUGA